AUGAAUGCAAGAUAAAGGUUACUCUAGAAUAUUAGUUGCAUAGCUGGGAAUGCAAGAAUCAAAUAAUAGCAGAAUCAGAGUAAUGUAAGAAUAAGGUCACAAAAGUCAAGAAAGGAGAAUGCUAGUUUCAUAGUUACAAAACAUACUUAAUAGCCUAAAGCAAACAUCAAUCUCUAUUAGACUCAAAUACAUUCACCAAUUAAAAAUAGAAGCAUGAAUUAGAAUAAAGAAAAUAAUAUUAAUAACACAUUUGUGCCAAUAAGGAAUUCAGAUGAACUAAUUAUAAAUAGCGCAGAAUCUCAUUCACUAAAUUUAUCAUAUUCGCCUUCCUCUAAGAAAAAGCCCCAACCCUCGUGUUUCGUAUUGCCUUCGAGAAGCAUCAAACCAAAAAUAAAAUUGACAAGGAAAACACUAGAAAUUAGAAACAUAUAUUUGGAUAAACCUAAACAAAAUAAUUUUAUCAACAUAAAAUGUACAUAAAAAAUUAUCAGAUGAUAUUGAUUACCG